UGCGCUCCAAAUCGACAGCCAGGAAAUCGUCGGAAAAACUGGCCAGUUCCGCUCGGAUGAGUUGCUCGUGCGCCGCCGAUCCGGUGUCUUUGUGCGCUGCUGCGAGACGCCUUUGACUUUGUCCUUCGGUGUGUUGUGCAGUGUGUUUUAGCUGGAAAAUCAGUGCCGCUGAUCGUUGUUCGUGCGUUAAAAAUGAGCCUCGGCGUGGCGUCGUCCCUCGAGUCGGUGCGUUGUCAGUUGAGCAGCCACUUGAGCCACGUCAUGGCUCAGCAGAGUCACUUGCGCCUCGAGGCCUUCGGCUCGGCCAGUUCCAACGACCGAGCGAAAAACGAAAAAAGCAGCAGCAGCCAACGCUCGUCCUCGCCCCUGGCCGCGCUGCGCUUCAGCGUUUACAAUAUCCUGCGGCCCGAGUUCGGACGCGAUGCCAUCCUCAAGACGCGGCCCGACGCAAAGUCUUCGCCUUUGAAAGCCGCCGGGGACGUCUGCCGGGGACGACUGUCGCCCCAACGCUCCGACGGCCGAGGCUCGCCCUUCAACUUGCCCGUCCUGCACUCGUCGCACUCGUCGUCCAACUUGAGCCGCAGCGGCAGCCUCGAGAGUCUCGCGAGCAGCAAAAGCUCCGUAACGGGCGCAUCGGUCUGCGGCUCGUCGGCCUCGACGACCGGCUCCGAGUCCGGAGGCUCCGAUAACGCCAGCAGCAACGGGGGACAGCAGAGCCUCUGGCCGGCUUGGAUCUACUGCACUCGCUAUUCCGAUCGACCCUCCUCAGGCCCGAGAUCCAGAAGACUGAAACGUCCCAGUGGCGGGGAAAAAGCGAGGAGCGCCUCGAGCGAGGAGAAGAGGCCGCGAACGGCCUUCAGCGCGGAGCAGUUGGCCAAGCUCAAGAUCGAGUUCGCCGAGAACAAGUACCUGACCGAGCAGCGCCGCCAGAAGCUCUCGAGGGACCUCGGCCUCAACGAGCAGCAGAUCAAGAUCUGGUUCCAGAACAAGCGGGCCAAGAACAAAAAGGCCAGUGGCCACAAAAAUCCCUUGGCCCUUCAGCUCAUGGCCCAGGGCUUGUACAAUCACUCGACGGUGCCGGUCGACGACGACGGCCAAGAGAUACUCUUCCCUCGAGACUCUUAGUCUCCGAGCUAAUAAUCCUGUAAAUACAGUCGCUUCGAUCCAUCGCUACCGACUUUUCGUACUGUUCAUCCAAUGACAGUCCAAUUGUUACCCUUAUCUAUUCAAACUCGACUGGCAAGUCGUACAAUUUUAAAUAUUGACACGCCUACGCGAAUGUAGCUCGACUUUCCUUGUAAAUACUUGUACAUUAUCAAUGUGACAUACUCUUUAUGUUUGUAAGAUAUCUUAAUCACCGUCUCAUGUCUCUCUCACGCACCGAAAAAUUCUUCUCGCGUCUCCUUGAUAUAUCGGCGACGAA